UUGGCCGAAUAAUAUAAACUCCGUUAUUUUACACUUGCUAUUCUCCUUCCAAAAAUGGAGAAUCAACUAAAGGGACUGAGUAUGGAAGAUUCCGAUGAAGAAGCACCACUCGCCGUCGAAAUUAACGACGCCCUUCAACUAACGGAAAACUCAGAGUUUCCUCCAGUUGGCGUUACCGUUAUCACCGGUUAUCUUGGUUCCGGAAAAUCCACUUUGGUCAAUUAUAUAUUGAAAGAGCAACAUGGGAAGAAAAUAGCAGUGAUACUGAAUGAGUUUGGGGAGGAGCUGGGAGUUGAGAGAGCGAUGAUAAAUGAAGGGGAAGAAGGAGGGCUUGUGGAAGAAUGGGUAGAGCUUGCAAAUGGGUGUAUUUGCUGUACUGUGAAACAUAGUUUAGUUCAAGCAUUGGAACAGCUUGUUCAGAGAAAAGAAAGACUUGACCAUAUAUUGCUAGAGACUACUGGUUUGGCAAACCCUGCACCUCUUGCAUCUGUGCUUUGGUUGGAUGAUCAGCUGGAAUCAGAUGUUAGGCUUGACUCAAUUAUUACUGUUGUUGAUGCAAAGAACCUUCGAUAUCAGCUAAAACCAAAUCCUGAAUCCUCUUCAUUUCCUGAAGCUUAUUUACAAAUAGCAUUUGCGGAUGUUAUCAUUCUUAACAAGGUUGAUCUAGUUUCUGAAGAUGACUCAGGAGCGGUGCUAGAGGAACUGGAGAAGGAAAUACGUGAUGUUAAUUCCCUUGCUAAUAUUAUUCAUACUGUGCGUUGCCAAGUUGAUUUGUCAAAGAUAUUAAACUGCCAGGCAUAUGAUCCUACUCAUGCUGCUCAUCUGGAAGCAUUGUUAGAAGAGAACAAAUCUCUAACUACUAAAGGCCUUCAUGACAGUGAAGUCAGAACAUUGUGCAUCUGUGAUACUGAGCAGAUUGAUCUUGAUAAGGUACGCAUAUGGCUUGAAGAGCUCCUUUGGGAUAAAAAGUAUGGCAUGGAUGUUUAUCGUUGCAAGGGAAUUUUAAGAGUCAAAAACUCGGAUGAACUCCACACUUUACAGGGUGUGAGAGAAAUAUAUGAAAUUGUUCCAAGUCGUAAAUGGAGAAAUGAAGAGACUCAGAUGAACAAAAUAGUAUUCAUAGGUCGGUUUCUGAAUGAAGAGGUCCUUUUGCAUUCAUUACAAACUUGUGUUGUUGGAACUGAUUGACUCAAUAGAAUUUGAUCAAUCCUAUUUUUGGUCGUUAAGAUGGACUCAUCAUCAAUCACUGUUUGUUUUACCCCAGUGAUUUGACUCCUCCUCACCAUGACAAAAUCUUGCUUGGAGUCAUGCUAAGAAAUUCCAGAUACAGUAGAGAUCCCAGUUCUUGUAGCAGACGGGUGGCUAUUCGAUGCACUGCAUAAUAUUAGCAUUCAUGUUUUCGUUGCCCCUCCAACUAUGCCCUCUCAAUCCAAUUGACUGUGGAAUCAUUUUGGACAGCAAAUUUUGUAGUUGAAAGUUCACUGUGCUCAUUUGAAGCUUUACUAAUUUCGUAUUUGA